AUGGAAACCAAGGGUAAAUCUGGCCAAGGAAUGUUUGCAAAUGGACGGAAGGGCAAGAGCGUCUAUGAGAGAGGUGGUGGAGGAGCUCGCUACUCUGGCGUCUUUGCGCGGGUCACUACGGCAUACGCCUCCACUGGAGCAUCGACCUCGGGAACUGCUCGACGGCCAAAUGAACAGCCUUACCGUUGUCUUCUAUCACUACCUUUUGCACCGGCUGCACAGCAUCUACAGUCACCGGAAAAUCACUUGCCCUGGGAAAGGAGACGGCAGAUUGCCAUAGAGACAGCAGAGGGCAUAGCAUACGUGCAUCGUGAGGCCUCUCAGCCCAUUUUCCAUCGCGACAUAAAACCAUCAAACAUUCUUUUGGAUGACACAUUUACUCCAAAAGUGGCAGACUUCGGUAUUUCUCGUCUGCGACCUUCUGAUGAAAUGCAUCUCAGCACCAUGUUUCCCUCAGGCACUCCUGGUUAUGUGGAUCCCGAAUUCAUAAGAAGCAAUCAGCUUACUGAGAAGAGUGAUGAUUUUAGCUUUGGUCUAGUUUUGGUUGAGCUUCUUACUGGUCUUAAAACUGUGUUGUCUUGCCAUGGUGAGAAGUACACUUUAUAUGACCAUUUCCUAUCCACAAUUAAUGAUGGCCUCUUAACAAAUAUUUUAGAUCCCAAAAUAGUGGAUGAGGAAAAUCAAUGGCAGAUGGAGAAUAUGGCAAAACUUGCAAAGGAAUGUUUGCACAAGGAAUGA